CAAACCAUUAUGCGCCCGACUCCCUACGGCACGGGAACAAUCCCAGUGUUUCGCGCCUGUGUUCUCAUGCGCCACUGCACAGGUUCUGAGUCAUGACGUAUUUACUGACAACGCCGUGCGAGUUUUCGCACGAGCGCACCAGCAGCUCGGUAAUGUAGUUCUCGGUCAGAUAAACCUCCCCUUGCACCUCCACCACUGCGUCUAUUAGAUCUUUUCUCUUGGCUAUCCAACCCUUCGGACCUAUUAUUUUGGAGUGCGCAAAUAAACUGGAAAUUUCACCUUUACUAUUAAGUUUGGGAAAAGUUUGCCCCUUGACUGUUCCACCUUAUAGGAUGGGGCGAGCGCGUAAUAGAGAGCUGGAGCUGCUGUCGCUGCUGGGAUACAUGGCUUGGUUAACAGUCGGUCACUCUCGCGCAGACGGAGGUGUAUUCUUACUGGAUUUGGAAAAUGGUUCAAAAGGUGGACAUGAGACGGGCUUCGAGGCAGCAACAAAUGCCUGUAUGGCUCAAGGGGCCCAGGUGGCAUCAAAAGAGGAUUUGCAUCAUGCAGUGUUGGAAUGUGCCUUCUCAGCCUGUUCGCGUGGUUGGCUCUCUGGACCAAGCAUAGGGACCACAGUGUGCAAUGGUGUACAGGGGAAUCUAAGGCCAGUUGACGUGCAGGUGGAGAAUGUAACCAGCGACAUUGAACGGCUGGGCGUGUUCUGUGUGAAAGAUAGCGAUUCUCCAUGUGGACAACCACCUUCAUUUCCAAAUUCACAUCUGCAGGGGAAAACUGGGUUAGACCUGGGUGAUGAACUUCUGUAUGCCUGUAACCAAGGAUACAAACUGCCUGACGGACAGAUGGCCUUCAGUCUGGUCUGUGAUAGCUGUGGAGAAUGGUAUGGCCUGUCACAUUGUGUCAAAGAUGAUCCUGAAGGCCACAUUGACUAUGAGGAUAAGUUCACAGAUAGCCCUUUCUUGGUGGAUCCGAGGGAGGUGCAUGACGGAGGUGCAACAGAGACCAUUGAUCAUGAAGCAGAUGAACCCACUUCUGAGCCAAAACAUGAGCGAACCAUCAUAUCAAAGGAAAAUGACGAUUUAACAGUGUUAGCAACUGAAUCUUCUGUGUCUCAGAUCAGUCAGAAGCAUAUGUUCUGGUUCCCCUCAGAGGGCUUCCAGGUACCAGAGGAGCCUUCAGUUAUCAUCACAGACUCCUUUGUUAAAAACCCUACUGAAGACCAGAGCCAUAUGACAGACAAAACAUCUGACCACCAAACACAAGCUGAAGUGAUCACAGAGGGACAUGAUCCUGAUUAUGAUCAAACAACAGAUCCCACUACUGAUGAUCCUGUCAGUCCCAGUGUUGGAAGCACAGAAGAAUCCUGGAUAGACGGAUACCCGGUUUCCCAGGGGGAAGAUAAAGUUAGGGGUGUGUCUACGGUUGAGGCGGUUCCAGACCCGGCACUGAAGGUGGAAAUCCCCACUGGCAGCCCAGAUGUUGAGGUGUUUGAGGACACGACUAAAAGAUUUGUGGAAGAGGAGACUAGAGGUUAUAUUGACAGGGAACCCAUUGAAGGAGUAAACAACAAUCCUGAGGAUGUGAAGUAUAAAGAAAUGAUCCACACAAAAGAAGGUGGCACCACCAGACCUGAAAAGGAUGGCCCGGUGGUAACAUAUUAUGAAGAACCUAGUAAGGGACUUACAGAGGAUGAAAUGAAGAAAAAGAUAUACGUACCCAAGUCUGAGUUGGAGCAGGGUUUGGAUGGUGUUACGGAGACACCCAAUGCUGUGCACAUGAGACCCACCACCUUUGUAAGACUAACAACAUCAGCUUCCAGUGCUGAUGAUAAUAUUGCUAUACACAAGAAGCCCAUGAUUUACACGCCAGCUUACGCUCCCGAAAACGUGAGCACCAGCCAAGAGGGGUUGGAACCGGAGCACGCAACCACACCUUCAGGAAUGGGACUUAUGGAUAGUACGCCUGUUUUCGUUGAUGAUAUUACUAACAUGCCUACGCCCAUCAUUAAGGUUUCUUGGGAAACCAACGACAGCGAUAAUUUUCUAGAACACGUCCCUGUUCAUGAAAUCCCUGAUGAAAGAGAUGGAGAUCAAACCCUGGACCACCAGGAAGGAGAGGGUGCUUGUGCAGAAGACCCCUGUCGUGCAUUUGGUCGUUGGCCGAUGGUUGCCGCCAUUAUCAUUGGUAUAGCAGCAGCAGUUCUGGGUGUGGUUUUGGGGGUGUGGUGUUAUAAAAGGAGGCAACAAAAGAGUUCCCACUAUCAACUCAAUGGAACAAACACACAAACGCAGUGUAUUGAAUUGCAACAGACUGUGUAACAGCCACACACACGCGUGUGCACACAGCUUACACGAGCAUCAAUACAAAGCCAUUAAUGUGUGAACACUGCUGUCCACUUUCACACUAACACAAAGAACAUCCCAGAGUUCAACACAAAAAUACGGUGACGUAAUGCUUAUUUAGAUAUUAUUUCGGUUGCGUUUCUUACAUUGUCGUUAUAUAUACUUUAUAUUGUGUUGUUGAUAAAUUAGGUGUCAUGAAGCAUGUCUUCUCUGACUUUGAAUGGACUGCAUUGGACUGCGGGGUUGAUGCAUGCGCAUAUAUUGUGCCUAUAUCUGCUCUUGUUAACAGAUGAGUCUGUGUUUAUGUUUGUUCAUUAAUGGAAUGUGAAUGGAAGUGUGUUGGCCAUUUGUAACCUGUGUGUACGUAUGCAGGACUCAACAUUAACUUAACUGAAAUGGCAAGAACAGAGAAAAUACAUUGGCUAGAAAAUAAUAUUUAUUAGAAUAUGACAGGAGUCAGCCUUCAUCUCUUAGAAAAUGUGCUGUCACAAAAUAUAAAAACCUAUAAAAAGUUAAAAAUGAAGGAAGUUCUUUUUAAAGUCACAAAUUCUUACAAUAUGUUAAGAACCAUGAAUUACAAAUGAUGGGUUGUUUUCAACCAUUGGUUGGGUAAAAUAUGGAGUUGAGUUUUAAUGAACCUAUUGGGUUGUUUAAACAUGGACAUUUCUAGACAUUGAUUCAUUUAACCCAAAUGUUUUUCUGUAUUUUACCCAACCAUGAGUUGAAACAACCCACUGAGUGCUCAUUUUAUUAAUAUGUUGAACUUGAGUGUUAAUUUUUACCAUGUAUAUACUGUAUGUGUGUGAGAAAGAGACUAAACAGAAGUCAGUGAAGACUGUGGUUGAACUUACCGUUUUGUGCACACUUUUGAAAUUGUCCCAUGCACUCGCAGACAGGUGAGACAUUCUUACCAGAGGAACUGGAGGCAAAUUCUGAUUGGCUUUGAGUACAUUUUGCUACAGAAAUUGCAGAGUAUAUAACUUUCAUUGCUAAAUUUAGAUUAGACAGGUAUUUGUUCAUUUCAAGGGUUUUAGCUAAAUAAUGUUACUUGCUUGAGGUUGAGCUCAGGACUGUGUCUGCUAUGAAGUUUCCAACUCACAAAUAGGUGAGAGCAAAUUCUGAUUGGCUUUUAACACAUAUAUGAGCUUUUUCAUUUAAAGCCUUGUACCCAUAAACAAGUUUGAUUUUGAUAGUAUAAUUUGAUUAAAUGCAGCUUUUAAAAUAUAGUUCAGUUAGAAAAAUGCUAAAUGGUUUAAGGUUAAAAUUUUAUCUCCUUAUGUUUGUAUUUCAUUUUAUUUAUGUUAACUCUUGUUUAUCGGCCUAUUAAUAGAAUGUGCUUUCUCAAUAAGGUAUAAAUUAGAUAGAAGAAUAAUGUUACAAUAUGUAUUUGAAUAAUGUUAUAUGUAGUUUGCAACCUAAAUGUUGUAUAAUACAAAAGUUGACAUUGAUAUUUUUAAAACAUUUUGCCCCUUAACACUAUAUAAAAAUGUAGCAUAUUUUCUAUGUUACUUUAACUUAUAAAAAUUAAGUUUCUAUAUCAACUUCUUGUUAUAAGUUAUGUCAACUUACCAUAAGUCAAAAAUAGAAGUUGAAUUGACUUGCAAACCAGUUGUUUUAACUUCAUGCUGCAUUUUUUUUUACAAUGAAUGUUCUAUAAGAUUCUCAGUCUUUUAUCAUCUCUGGCUAUGUACUUAUAAGGCAUAUUUAUAUCACAUGUGUAUUAUAAAUGUAAAACAUUAUUUUAGAAAUAGUGAAUUUACACAAAACAGACAAAUCAGAUAAUUCUACAAAAGAUUUAGAUAUAGAUAUUUCAUAAAACUGAUGUCAAAUAUAUAGCAAGAAUGUUUUUACUGUUUUGCAGUGUAAAAAAUUCUUUGCUGCUAUAAUUUUUUGUUAAAUCAACUCAAAUUUUAAAGACAUUUUAUUUUUAUGUGAGUUGUUAUAACUACAGAUAAAUUGUUAUAACUUAUAAAAUGAAGUUGACUUUUUUUUAAAUAUAUUUUAUUAGUUGUAGCAACUUAUCUCUUGUCAAAAUAAAUAAUAGUAAGUUGACAUUACUUGUAAAUCUGAGUUUAUUCAACAAAAUAAUUUAAGGCGGCAAAGAUUUUUUUUACAGUGUGGCAGUUUUGUUGUGAUUUUAGUUUAUAAAGUUGUAGUGAAGUAAGAGUGGUUAUAGAUAACACUUUAUAAGUAAUUAUACUUUAGUUUAUACUUUAGAGUACUGUAUAAUUUAGUUUGAAAUAAUUGAAUAAAUACAGUUAGUGUGGAGUAAACAUUUUAGUUUUUUCCAAAACUAUACAGGGUCAUAUCCGAAUAUACUUCAAUGAUAAGUUGACUUACACAAAAUUAACAAUAUAAACUUUAUAAAUAUUUUUGAAAGUUGUUUGUUACCUAAAGUAAAUUUAUUUGAAAAUCUAAUCAUGUAAUCAUGUUUUCCAGAACUGUACAGCUGAUGUUAUAAUAACUUGUGUUGAAUUAACUGUCAUACAGUACCUCUCUGUUUAGUAGAAAAUGUCAUUAAAAUAUGAUACAACAAAAUAUUAUAAAGAUACAAAACAUCAAAACAAAAUCACAAUUAUGGCAUAGCUCAUUUUUUUCCUUUGUACAAUUCAGGUGUCAGGCCUAAUUUUAGUGCAAAAAAUGUUAAAACAUCACAUUUUAGGCAAUAAAGUUUCAUUUGGCUUCUGUGUUGGUCAUUGCUUAUAGUUUUUUUUAUUUAAAGCCAUAUCUACCCUGUAUGUUGGGAAGUUUAUAACUUUAUAUUUUAUUUGCUCUACUUUCAAAUAAGUUGUUUAUCUGAACUGUAAAGUGUUUUACUGUAGAGUGUUCUCUGAAUGAGAUUAUUUGAUCUAAUCCCCAAUCUGUUAUUUCCAUUAGACAUUAACUGCUUGGUAAUAUCACAUAUUAUACUUUAUUGAUGUCUGUUAGAUGUGAUAUCUGACUAAACAUAGCUGUGGAAAACUAACUGAACAAUAACAAAUAAAAAAUCUGGGAAGAAAUGUCAGCUAUACAACAUUGGUGAAAAUUAAAGCAGGCUAAAAAUAUAAAAUAAGACUGCAAACAUUUGUGUUGUAUUUCCGGGUGUCUCUGUAUGUGUGAAAGGUCUGUGAGGCCAGCAAAGCUAAACAUUAAAUUACGAGAAUGAGGUGAAGUAU